UUCUCCCGCCUCCACGCCUUAGUUCUCAUGGCGUCCCGCGGCGCCGAGCUCCGGGCUGGGGUCCCCAGAGUCCCCGGCUGUAGGGAGUGCAGCGACUCUUUCUUGUCGGGGUUCCUGACCAGCUUCCAGGACCCAGCCCAGGUACCUGGCCGGGUCAAGGACCCUGCAGUGGCCCAGGGCCCUGGCUCCAGUCUUCCCAGGAACGUGCUCAGCGAGAGGGAGCGCAGGAGGCGGAUCUCUAUGAGCUGUGAGCGUCUGCGGGCCCUGCUGCCCCGGUUCGAUGGCCGGCGGGAGGACAUGGCCUCCGUCCUGGAGAUGGCGGUGCAGUUCCUUCGGCUCACCCACACCCUGGUGCCUGGUUGGGAGCAGCAUGCAGUUCCUGCUCCCUCCAGGGAGACUUGGCACCGGUGGCGGGAGGAAGUUCUGCAGUUGACCCUGGCGAGCCAGAUUCCGGCCAGUGGGCCAGACCGCCAGACAGAAGCAUCUGGCAUGAUUCCGCCGCGGGACCCCCUAAGCUGUGUGACCCUGGCUGUGGACAAGAGUGAGGUGCUGAACAGGCCACCCUCCCUUCCGGAGUCCUUCAGCCUGGUGCCCCAGCCCCCACGCUGGCCUCCCUGCUCACAGCUACCGAGCUCCCCUGAGACGAGCCAGGAGGCUCCUGGUGCUCUGGGCCAGGCUGGGCCCCCAGCCAGAGUCCCCACGUCUCCAGGUGGGCUGGCUGAGGAGGCCGCCCUGACAGCUGUGGCAGAUGCCAGGUCUGUGUCGGGAUCCAGUGUUGAGGAUGGGACUUCCUUCCUGCUGACAGCCAGUCCUGACUGGUGGCUGGGGUCCCUGGAGGGAAGAGGAAGCACCGCUGUACCCUGGGCCCCAGCCAGGAGCAGCUUGGCAGAGCAGGCAGAGCCAACUUUCCUGGGCGACCCUGAACCUGGCUCCCAGGAGCUCCAGGAUGGGCCCCUGGAACUGUGGGGCUCCGACCUGGGCAGCUGGGGCCUGGAGCUGCGGGAGGAGGUGGACGGCAUCUUCCCAGAUUUCUUUGCCUGCUAGCCACUGCCGGUGGGGCAGGGUGGCCCACGUGCCUGCCCUGGGUUGGGUGCUUCGUUCUGGGCUGGGUCGCAGCUGGGCUCUGCAUUAAGCAAGGCUGCAGGGCUGUGCAGCUGGAGGCUGAAUAUUAAAAAGGGAAAGUGAU